CACUUGGUCUAUCAGGACCUUCGCGGCCACAGAACUUUGGUAUGGAAGAAAACCUAAUGAAAUCAACAGCUCGUUUUAUACAUGAGACGCUGAGAAGGCCUAAAGGGAAACAGUCCUCUUGCUAGUCUUGGGCACAGCGGAGACCAGAAUCCAAGUCUCGUGACUCCUAGCCUGCGCUCAGAUUUUUAUCGACCUGGCACAGCUCCUGUCGCCUCGGUAACACCACUGUAGGAUUCCGGUAGCUCCCAGGUCUCUCGUCUCCACGGUAACCGGUGCUUUGCGACCUUCAGUUUGCUGCAGCCUGUGCAGUGGUUGCUGGGCGACAGCAGAAAGGAGGCGGCAGCUUGAGGUGGGAACCGGGCUGAUGUCCGGUAGGGGAACGGGCCCCGGGAAGCCUACGGAAGACGAGGUGCCUCGCCCUCCCAUGUAGGGGAGCUUUGCCAGAGCCCACCCCGCUGCCCUCCCUUCCUUCGGGCCAUGGCAGUGGCGGUGCCUUCGAGUCGGGCAAGGAGCUCGAGCUGGGCCUGGCGGCCGGUGGCGCGGGACGGGCUUUUGGCUCGGGCCUUCCAUUCAUGCACUGAACUCCGGGGACGAUUCUAUCUGGUGGGGGGUCUCCUAGGAGGAGGAGAUAGAGAGCCCAGCAGUGACACAGUGGUUUUCGACCCUGCUAGGGGCCAGGCAGUGCGGCUGGGAGCCCGCGACAGCCCCACGCGCAGUCACCACGACGCGGCACCCGUGGGUGGGCGGUGGCUCUGCGUGGUGGGCGGCUGGGAUGGGUCGCGCCGCCUGGCCACAGUGACUGCGCUGGACACAGAGCGCGGACUAUGGGAGGCGUGGACAGCGACCCCUGCCAAUCGGCCUCCUGCCGGUCUCAGUAAUCACACCUGCACCCUCCUCUCCGAUGGAGAGCUGCGCGUGACUGGCCGAGAGGGAGGUGUCCGCACUCAGCGACUGUAUGGAAGCAUAUACACAUUAAGGCUGGACCCCCGCGCCCGCACCUAUUGCUAUAAGGAAGAACAUUGCCACAUAGCCUCACGCUCAGGGCACUGUGCUGCCCUGCUCCAAACUCCUGGGCCCUACCCAGGUCAUCAGCUAUUACUCUUUGGGGGCUGCAACUCAUGUGAACCAGAAGUAGCUGGGCAUUGGAGUCAUGGGAAGAUUAAGGAAGAGACACCUGUUGCUUCUCAUUUGGUGGAACAGCUGGCAAGGCUUGUGAGCAGUGGGCAGGGGUCCCUGAAGGGGCCCCACGGACUACGGCAUCACUCAUGUUCUGUGGUGGGACCCUUUGCUGUGCUGUUUGGUGGAGAAACUCUGACCAGAGCUAGAGACACCAUCUGCAAUGACCUCUACAUCUAUGAUACCCGCAAGUCUCCUCCUCUGUGGUUCCACUUUCCCUGUGCAGACCGUGGGCUGAAACGCGUGGGCCAUCGUACCUGCCUUUGGAAUGAUCAGCUUUACCUGGUUGGGGGUUUUGUUGAGGAUGGAAGGACAGCUAGUCCACAGGUUUGCAUCCUGGACCUCUUUAUCUAAAGAAUAGUGCUGAGACACACCCAACAAGCCUCUGUUGAAAAUCCAUAAAAUAUUAUCACCAGAGCUAUCCAUUUCACUUCAAAUGCUUAUUAAAUUUGAAUCUUAAAGUCAA